AUGAAUAUUCAUUCAACUAAUCUAGACGCCUUGGAAAGUGGCAGUUUGCCGGCAUUCGCCUAUUUGAUUAGCACGUGAACUCGAAUUGUUUAUAGUGUUUAUUUAUUUAUUGUUAUAUUGUGGAUGGGCAGGAUAUUGGCAAUUGUAGCGAAUAUUUUACGUGAUCCGACACACCUUUUCAGUAGUUUUUUGUGUUAUUUUUGUUGUAGGAAAAAAACUUGAUGUAGACAAGAACAUGGAAAACAGUCGCGCUCCUUUGGUGAGGAUUAGUUCAGUGGCGCCCAGCUUAGAGGCUAUAGAAGAAAAUGAGGAAAAUCCGGAUAAUAUGGAAAAAAUAGACCGCAGAUUUCAAGGAAGGGAAUCAGUGAUAUCCUCCCAGGUUAGCUUGUACAUAAAAACAAAAAACCCGAAAAUACCAGACGGGGGAUGGGGUUGGUGGGUCGUGUUCGCCGCUUUCAUCAUCAACAUGGUCUCCGAUGGUGUUUGUUUGACUUUUGGGCUUCUCUAUGUGGAGUUUUUACAUGAGUUUGGCGCCUCAAACUCGGCCACUUCCUGGAUAGGCUCCCUCUUCAUGGCAGUACCCCUUCUAGCAGGGCCUGUGAUGAGUGCCAUGGUUGAUAGGUAUGGGUGCCGAUCCAUGACCAUUUUGGGGGCUAUCAUAUCCGCUACAGGAUUUUUUGCCAGCGCCUUUGCCCCAAACAUCAUUGUGAUGUACUUCACUUUUGGAGUAAUAGGAGGUGUAGGUUUGGGUUUAUGCUUCGUCACUGCCGUUGUUUCCAUAGCUUUCUGGUUCGAAAAAAGAAGAACGGUUGCCUUGGGGUUAGGUGCUUGCGGUACAGGUUUUGGCACCUUGGUCUUCUCUCCUUUGUCGACGUUUUUGAUCCAGGAAUACCAUUGGAGGGGCACCCUGAUCAUUUUGUCGGGGUGUUUUUUGAAUUUGGUGGUGUGCGGAGCCUUGAUGAGGGAUCCACAGUGGGUAAAAGACGCGGAAUCGGAUAGUGAUGAUAGUUCGGAAAAGUGUUCCUUAAAUAUUGAAGAAAUUAAGGAAUCGCUGAUAAGGGGGAAUACUGAUGAAUACAUUUUGGAAAAUUUUGACACCACUUUGAAUUUAACGAAUAAACCGAUGAUGAAAUCUGUCGUUAACUUGCCUACCUUUGUUAGGCAAAAUGAAACCGUGCCAGUGGAAGUGUUGGAAAAAUUAAGCAAAAACCAGAAUCUCUACCAAGUCAUAUUAGAAAACUAUCCAAACCUCUUGAAAUCCAAAAGCAGUUCAGAGAAAGGUCUUAACAACAUUACAGACUCGAAAACAACAACACCAGUGAAAUUAUCCAUGAAACUGAAGAAAACUGAAAAAAUAACACCACCAAAGGACACUCUUCAAAUUCCUCCAGUUAAAUUCAUAGAGAACGAACCUCAUUUAACAAACAAACAAAAAUUAAACACAAACACGCAUCACUACCUCAAAAAUAUCAGAUUCAGAAGAAAUUCUAUUAUGCACCGAGGGGCCAUGUUAAAUACUAAUCGGUACAGAUUAAAGGCCUCGAGUUGCCCGAAUAUUUACAGAAAUUCCAUGAUGACUUUAGCACAGGAAGAAGAUGAUAAAUGGUAUACCGUUUUCUUGGAAGUUGUGAAGGAUGUCAUGCAGUUUUCGCUGUUCUUGGAGUUGCAUUUUUUCCUUCUGUGUCUCUCCACUGUAAUUUUGUUCACGUGGUUUAUAGUGCCUUAUUUUUACCUGGUCAAACACAUGACCAUUUUCGGUUACAGUGAAAACCAGGCUUCUUUUGUGAUAGCAGUCAUCGGAGUUACCAAUACAAUAGGAAUGGUUGUUUUAGGUUGGGCCGGCGACCGUCCCUGGAUGAAUGUAGGGAAAGCCUACGCAAUCUGCCUCAUGCUGUGCGGAAUUUUCUGCUCCGCCAUGCUGUUUUUUACCUCCAACCACACCAUGAUCGUGGUGUGCAGUGGUCUUUUCGGACUUUUCUUCGCGAGCACCUUCUCGUUCACGCCCACCAUACUCGCGGAUUUGGUGCCUAUUGACAACUUCACCAUGGCCUACGGUCUGGUUUUGUUGUGCCAAGGCAUUGGCAAUUUGAUUGGGCCCCCUUUAGCCGGACUUUUGUUCGAUUUAACUCAAUCAUGGGACCAGAGUUUUUACCAAGCCGGUUUUUGGAUAAUUAUUUCUGGUGUGCUAGCUGGUGUUAUUCCCUACACAAAAAAUACGAAAAUCUUGGGAAAAAAAACAUAAAGAAAAAAUAUAGUUAUAGGUACAUACUAGCACAAACGAAGUAUACA